CCUUGUGUGAUACAUCGUUCAGACAUCUGUCCAAUUUUACUGUCCACGAAUGAGAUAUCAUAGCCAUACUAUUUAUUUCAGAUUCAGAGAGAUAUCCUUCUGGUGCACAACGGGAAUUUACUACUUAACUGCCUCAAAUAGUAAAAUAAAAAUAGCAAAUUUUGGUAAAUAAAUGCACCAAAUCAGUGACCUGUCCAUAAGGAUUAAACAGCCCCAUCUAGCGAUGGUAAAAGAUACCUACUUUGGAUUUCCGCGAUGUCACGUGAUUUCUGGGAAAGGGCAAGUCUACUUCAAAACAGCUGAGGUCUGGGAGACUGGGGCUUCCCUGACAGUGAGGUUGCUAGCAGUCCAGUUCUAUCCUGACGAAGGAUCCGAAGCUGCGUCUGAUAUGCCUUCAGGAAUUCGGUCAACGCGCCGGCUUCGCUCAUGGAUGGUGGAGCAGGUGAGCAGUGGAAGGUAUCCAGGUCUGAUGUGGGAUGACCAGGCCAAGACUAUGUUCCGCAUCCCAUGGAAACAUGCAGGCAAACAAGAUUUUCGUAGCGAAGAAGAUGCUGCCAUUUUCAAGGCUUGGGCUGAGUUUAAGGGAAAGCUGACUGAUGCUGGCCGCUCCGACCCGGCAUCUUGGAAGACUCGUCUUCGCUGCGCGCUCAACAAGAGCCCUGAGUUCUGUGAGGUUGCAGAAAGAUCACAGCUGGAUAUAUCAGAGCCGUUCAAAGUGUAUCGGCUGGUACCAAUCUCUGAGCAAGGGCUGGGGAAUGUCAAAACAGGCCAGAUGAAGGAGGUCUCCGGGAGGAAGAGGAGGAGGAGGAGCCACAGCGAGGAUAGCGAGGAGGAGCUCUCAGCCAAGAUGAUAAAGGAACAAGUCACAGCCGUGCACGAAAUCAACAUGGAAAUGGAAGCUGUCACUGAGGUCAACACCCAAGUUAUAGAAGUCACUGCGCCCACAGUCACCAUGAAGACUGAUGGCCUCAACGAAAUCCAGUUGAACGUUACAAUUGAGACUUCACCCGCUGCCUCCACGGUGCUCCACUCCUUCCUGGUUUCUGUGCAGUACCUGGGCCAGGAGAUGCUCAGGCGUGAAGUUCAGGACAAGGACAUCCGAAUCUCCUAUAUGCCUGUGGCUCCAGUCCCGCCCCCCCCAUCAUCUCAGACCACUUUCCACCGGAUCCCCCUUCCAGAUCCUCCCAUCUCAAUGGCGUCUGAACCAGCCAUGCAGGCCAUCUCCACUCUGCUGCCCUUUAUGGAGAAGGGUGUGAUGCUGACAUCCACAGGAAGCGGGGUGUAUGCCAAGCGCUGCUGCCAAGGGCGGGUCUUUUGGAGGGGGCCUCAUACUCCCUCCUCCACCUCCCCCAAUAAGAUGGAGCGCACUGUGGAGCGAGUGAUGGUGUUCAGCAGGAAGGCAUUUAUAGAAGAACUGCAAAACUAUCAAACUUCUGGGGGACCGCCUCCACAGACCAGCAUCACCAUGUGCUUUGGGGAGGAGCUUCUUAAUACAGAUGACCCUGCCGCUAAGCUCAUCACUGUGAAUAUCUCCUUUCCUUGGGCAGAACAACAGAUCAAGGAGGUAGAUACGCUCAGGGAGUCUGUGUCCAUCUUUCAAAACCUAGCCAACCAGUCACCACAUGGAGAAGUCACUCUCAAUCUCAUUCAGAUACCUUAGCCUUAAAGCUAUCAUUCCUGAGUGACAGCCCAGAACCCUGGUCUAUCAAUGGAAGCAUUACCUACGGCACAAGCACUACAUGUUACCCUUCAGGAAGAAACCAAGUUUGUUAAUGCACUUUCCACAGAGUGGUUUACCCCAGACAAACACAUUUCCCAGAUCUUCUGGGGAAAAAGGGGCAAAGAAAUAACACUUAACUAGGAACCCCAAACUUCUCCCAACCUGAAGCACUUCAGCUGUUUUGUACUGUCCUACUUCUCAGAAGAAUCAGGCUGGUUUAUUGAGUGACGAAGGUGAGAAAAUAUGGACAUGAAUGACCACUAUUGUCAACCGCCACAUUCUACAUAUUAAUAGGCAUCACAUUCAGAGCAGUCUCUGUAGAAACUGUUGAAUGAGAUGAAUUGGUGUUCAUUUGUGUUCUCGUGCUAGAAGCAGAACAGGAGGGGAGAGAGAAUGCAAACCUUGAUUUCUGACUCUAAUGUGGCACGAAUGUGUAUAUAUGACCUAAUGCAUCACUCACUAACCAUGACUGCAUUUCAAAAUGUAUAAUUGUACUUUGUGAAAAUACCUGUGAUUAUGAUAGUGUUCUUAAUGAUGAUUAGAAUUACUGUUGUGUUUAUUAGUAAGGGUAGCAUGUCCUUUUUGGUGACUAUUACAAGUUUAGUGAUUGAUCAUGGCUAUUGCAAUCCCAUGAAUGUCUUUUUUUAUUAAAGGGUUUACAGCAAAGAUCCA